AUAAUACGUGAAACGGGCUCUCCAGUCUGUUUUGCAAAUACUAGUUUACUUCCUGUGUUACAUUUAAAUAGGUUCCCCACUAACCCAUACAUCGGCAGAGACGGUUGUCAUUUUCAAUCGGAUAAUAACUGUUCCAGUAGUCGGAUGUGAAGAAGAGUCUCUCAGGGGGAGAGACAAGAUGCCUAGUAACAUUUCUACCGGGAAAGGACCCCCUCUUCCUCUGCCGUCUCUGCGCCUGAUGAUCCCUCCUCUCCGACUGGUCUCUGCAGCCAUCUGGCAAACUGUGCAGCGCAGACAUGUGAUGGAUUAUGGGGUGCUGGAGGAGUUUGUAACCAUGGUCACAGCAAUGGUUCCAGAACUUCUGAGUCACAGACAGAAGGCACAACUUAUUCUGGGUCUUCAAGCACGGCUGGUCCUGGAGUUGUGUCGCUCAAAACCGAUGGCCGACCUCCAGACGAUUCAGCUACACCUGGACCGCAUUCAGACCCUCACACCUCUCUGGGGGGGACAGACUGGUGAUGUAGAUUUAUCUGGAUCUAACUUCCUGGCUCUGAUUGAAAACCUGCUGGAAGACCCGGACGAGAUGGAACACUUCUUCCAGGUUUUCCCUGUGGAAUUUGGUCCUGAUUAUGAUGCUGAGAUAGAGAUUGUCAUGUGGAAGUUCCUUUCCCGACUUGAGGAGCUUCUCCCAGUAUCAAACUUCCAACAGGCUGCCUCACUGCUCGGCGAUGCCCCCUCUGUUCUGAAGGAAGGUGUUGAGUCCGUGUCCGACCCACAACACCUGAAAACCCUGAUUCAGUACCACAGAGAGCUCGGCCUGUUGGACGACCAUGCAACGCCGCCUUCGUCUGAUGGUGACUGCAUUCUGUCAGCUCUCUGCUUCUCCCGUGUGGAGAAGGUGAGGUCCAGGCAACCGGACCACAAGCCAACGGUUGACUCAGUGGAACAUGAGGACAUGGAGGCCGAUGCCGGCACUGAAGAGGAGAACGCUCUGGAUCUCAGAGCAGCAGGAAAGGGGGUGGAUGGUACCAGUGAAGAGGUGGAUCCCAGAAAUGAAAGGCUGAUCGGAUACAUCAGAGAAGAUGGGGUAUUGAUGACUUACGAAGAUUUAGGUGUGAAAAAGAAAACUUUCAAACGGCCUCAGAUUAUUUUGCCCGAUGCAGUGACGUCUUCCGUGCACUGCCAACCCUCUGUAGAUCUACAGAGACUUGAUUCUAUGAUCCAGACAUUGACACCAGUGAGAAGCAACACAGGAAUUAAGACAAAGAACUUUCUAGAAAAGACACAAACCAAAACAAAUUGCAGACAGAUGCAAUCUUGUGCUUCGAACACAUCGAGGCAUUUGAAGAGCCAUUCCCAGGAUGAAGUGUACCGCUGUAGUUACUGUACAAGAACUUACAGGCACCGCAACAACAUGAGGGUUCACGAAGAGACCUGUCUGAUUGAGAAAGGUCCACCCGGGAAGGUUCCCUGUGUGGAGGGCGCUAGUCCUUCCGGUACGACACAGAAAGACCCAAAGACAUUGGAUGUCACUCCGCAGCAACUAUCUACAGGGGCGUUAGAAAUUGAUUCAUCCAGAGAAAACCAGGAAACUGAAAUCUCCCAAUCUCCUGUAGUCAGCAAAUCUCUAAAUUUGUUCUCUAUCAACACCACCUUUCAACUGUCACCAGCUGACAAGAUUCUCCCGAGCCACACAACUUUUGAGACAAAAACACAGAGUUACAAGGACACUGAAAGCUUGAAAAAACAUGGACUGAAAUGUGAAGACACCAAAGAAUCACAUUGCAGGUCUGUAGCUAGUGAUGAAAUGAACCUAAAGAUGUACAGCAGAAUUUUUCCCGAAGUUAGCAGUAACUCACAGGACCUACGUGACAACCCAUCUAGUGAACCAGAUCCUAACCAAACCAGAACCCACCAACAGCAUUUGCCAAACCCAGUUAGUGUGAAACCCCGUAUGGGCUUGCAUCCUCACACAUGCCCACAUUGUCAGAAGAAAUUUAUGUUCAUAAGAGCACUAAGGACACACCAACUUACCCACAAUCCGCUCUUCUGCACUCUGUGCAGAAUGAAGUUUGCUGACCAAGAUAAGCUCGACAGACAUAAACGGGUGGCUCAUAAGCCUCUGAAGUGCACCAUGUGUGAAGAUGUCUUUGACUGGAUCAAGCCCCUCAACCAACACUACCUGAAUGUCCAUCAGUUCAGCGGACCCUUCCUUUGCACCUACUGUCAGAAAAGCUUCUCAACGUUAUCGGCCCGGGUUACUCACGAGAGGACUCACACAGGGGAUCUGCCGUACCAAUGCUCCCAGUGCCCCAAGAAGUACAACAAAUCGGCCGAUCUCGUCGAACACCGCAAGCUCCACACGGGGGAGAAGCCGUGCCUUUGCUGGGAGUGCGGACAGGCGUUCACCAAUGAAAUGAAACUGAGGAACCACAUGCUGAACGUCCACAGAAAACCCCAACACCCCUGCUCCCAGUGCGACAAGUGUUACGGGGAGAAGAGGACGCUGGUGAGCCACGUGAAGACCUGCCACUCUGGCGUCCGCUACCCAUGCGCGCGCUGUGCGAAGACGUUCACCAGCGCGUCCUCGCUGACCAUCCACGAGCGGAUCCACAGCCAGCAGAAGCCUUUCAAGUGCACGGAGUCGGAGUGCGGCAAGGACUUCCGAUCCAAGAAGGAGCUGACGGUGCACGUGAGAUACCACACGGGAGAGAGGCCCUUCAGCUGCCAGGUCUGCGGGAAAGGGUUCACCCAAAGCUGCUACCUCACGCAGCACAUGCGGACUCAUACCGGGGAGAAACCAUACUCCUGCUCUGUCUGUGCUAGGAGUUUCAAUGACUCUAGGAAACUGAAGAGACACAUGAUGACACACACUAAAGAGAAGCCCUACAAAUGUUUAAGAUGCGACAGGGCUUUCUGCCGGCCAGACCUUUUGAAAGCUCAUGAUAAAAAAGAGCACGUGACACACUGAAAGGAUACUUGGUUUGUUAUUUUAAUAUUCAGAUUUGUCUCUGUUUGUAAGAAAAAAACAUCUGUCCUUUUUUUCUGAACUUACCAUUAGGAAGUUAUACCUGCAAUGCAUUUUGGGACAAGAGUUGGAAAACAUGGCAGCUAUAAAUAUAGUAAUGUAACAAAUCAAAUAUCGGGUUAGUGUUUGUUAUAUAUAUCCCUUUCCAUGGAAAUAAAAGACAUAAGACCUAAAAGAACACCCAUUAAUUAUCCUGUUUAAAUAGGUCACAUUAUGACCAUUUCUCAUGCAUAACAUAGUUGCAAGUUAAAUAAAAAUUAUUGAAUGAGAAUGACAAAGUAUUCAAU